UCAUGAAAAUGACUAAUGCAACGACGUUGUAUAUCCCCUGCCCAAGUCCCAACUUUCGGUUCAUCUGGCUUUACCGUUGUUUCCAAUCAGAGUCAAAGAGCAGAGGUUUCCAUGGCCACCUUAGAGAAGCAAGUGAUGGUGGUGGGAAUCGAUGACUACGAACACAGCACCUACGCCCUCCAAUGGACUCUCGAUCAUUUCUUUGCAUCCGGUCCUAAUCCCCUUUUCAAGCUCCUCCUUGUUCAUGCGAAGCCUUCUGCCACUUCCGUCGUUGGCCUUGCUGGCCCUGGAGCCGCUGAUGUUUUGCCCAUUGUUGACGCCGAUCUGAGACAGAUUGCUGCCAGAGUUGUUGGAAAAGCUAAAGAACUCUGCAUCAGCAAAUCGGGGAAUGAUGUUAUGGUGGAAGUGGUGGAAGGUGAUGCAAGAAAUGUACUCUGCGAUGCAGUUGAAAGGCAUCAUGCUUCAAUGCUGGUCGUGGGGAGUCAUGGUUAUGGAGCUAUAAAAAGGGCGGUAUUAGGUAGUGUAAGUGACUAUUGUGCACAUCAUGCUCACUGCACUGUGAUGAUAGUGAAGAAGCCAAAAAUAAAACAUUAAUCUACAGCUGCAGCGUACAGCAGUAAAGAAGUGUUUUUAGAAGUUUCAAAGCUAUAUUUGUUGUGGUGUGUCGAAUGUAUACUUUUGUGUUGUUGUAUGUUUAAUCUUACUGAUAAAACUACCAUUGCUAGAUAUUUCCCCUUACCAGGUACAUAUUUUUCUUUGAUUCUAUUGUCUACUGGGAAAUUCUUGAAUAAAAUGUGAUUUCAAGUUGCAAACAA